AUGCGCGGCUUGUCGGUGUUCAUAUCCGAUAUUCGGAACUGUCAGAACAAGGAGCAGGAGCGACUACGAGUCGACAAGGAGCUCGCGAACAUUCGCACGCAUUUCAAGGCUGAACGUAAGUUGACACCAUACGAGAAGAAGAAGUACGUGUGGAAGCUGCUCUAUAUCUUCAUGCUCGGCUAUGACGUCGACUUCGGCCACAUGGAGGCUGUCUCCCUCAUCUCCGCCCCCAAAUACGCAGAAAAACAGGUGGGGUACAUGGUGACGUCAUGUCUGCUGAACGAGAACAACGACUUUCUGCGCCUCGUCAUCAACUCCGUCAGGAAUGACAUCAUCGGUCGCAACGAGACCUUUCAGUGCCUCGCUCUCACCAUGGUGGGCAACAUCGGGGGGAAGGAGUUCUCAGAGUCCGUCGCCCCUGACGUGCAGAAGCUGCUGCUGUCGAGCUCAGCGCGGCCGCUGGUGAAGAAGAAGGCAGCGCUGUGCCUGCUGAGGCUCUUCCGCAAGAACCCCGACAUCAUCAGCACUGACACGUGGCCACAGCGCAUGGCGAGUCUGCUGGAGGAGCGCAGUCUGAGCGUGCUGCUGGCAGCCAUGUCGUUGCUCGUGGCGCUGGUGGCAGCGAACCCGGAGGCGUACCUGUGCUGUGUGCCCAAGUGCGUCAAGGUGUUGGAGCGCCUCGCCAAGUGUGUGGACAUCCCGCAGGACUACACCUACUACGCCAUUCCAUCGCCCUGGCUGCAGGUGAAGACGAUGCGGGUGCUGCAGUACUUCCCGUCCAUCGAAGACCCCUCCAUCCGCAAGUCGCUGCUCGAGGUGCUGGCGCGCGUACUGCAGGGCACGGAGGUGGUGAAGAAUGUCAACAAGAACAACGCCGCCCACGCCAUCCUCUUUGAAGCCCUCGCGCUCGCGAUGCACAUGGACGUGGAGAGGGAGGUGAUGGCGCACUGCGUGGGGCUGCUGGGCAAGUUCGUGGGCGUGAGGGAGCCCAACAUCCGCUACCUUGCCCUCGAGAACAUGGCGCGCAUGUUGAUGGUGGCAGACGUGCAGGAUGACAUCAGAGGCUUCCAGAGCCAGAUCGUGCACUCCCUCAAGGACCCCGAUAUGAGCAUUCGGCGGCGUGCGCUGGACCUGCUGUACGGGCUGUGCGACACCGACAAUGCCAAGUUCAUCGUCGAGCAGCUGCUGCAGUACCUGACGGUGGCGGACUUUGUGAUGCGCGAGGAGCUCACCCUCAAGACCGCCAUCCUCGCUGAGAAGUUUGCCGUCGACCUGCCCUGGUACGUGGACGUGAUUCUGUGUCUCAUGGAGCGAGCAGGCGACUUCGUGAGCGAGGACGUGUGGUACAGAGUGGUGCAGAUCGUUACCAACAACGACGACCUGCAGCCCUAUGCGGCCUCGCGAGUGCUCAAGCUCAUGCGCAAGCCGGCGGUGCAUGAGACCAUGGUGAAGGUGGGCAGCUACAUAUUGGGCGAGUUCAGCCAUCUGUUGCCGCAGCAGCCAGGCUCCACAGCAGCGGACGUCUUUGCCGUGCUGCACGACAAGUUCCACACCGUCUCCAUCCCCACGCGCGCCCUCAUGCUGUCGGCGUAUGUGAAGCUGGCAGUGCGCUCGCUGCCCGACGAUGCGCUGCACGGCAAGCUCAUGGCCAUCUUCACUCGGUACGAGAGCAGUGUGGAUGCGGAGGUGCAGCAGCGAGCAGUGGAGUAUGCCUCUCUGUGCCGCAGGGGCGGCCCUGCCAUGGCCGACAUCGUUGCUGACAUGCCCAAGUUCCCUCAGCGCGAGUCGUCGCUGCUGCGGCGUGCGCCGGACAACGAGGGGGACAGUGCGGAGGUGAGCGCAGUGAAGCUGCGCGCCCACCACAGCAACGCCCUCGCCCUCGUCCCCGUCUCCGCCCCCCCCUCUGGCUCUGCCGCCAAGCUCCCUUCCGCCACCGCUGCCCCCGCUGCUGCUGAUGGUGGUGUGGGGCCGGUGCGACGACCACAGCCAGCCUCCUCUGCUGAUGGUACCCCGUCGUCCCCACCCCCGUCCACCACCCAGCCUGCACCCGCUCAGCCGCCCACCUCACUGGUGGACGAGCCAGCAGCCGCGCCCCCCCCUGCAGCAGGCAACGAGCUCGCCCUCGCCCUUGUGCCUGCGGACUCUGCCAACGCUGUGGGCGACCUGCUGGGGGAGCUGCUCUCACUUGAUCCCUCCGCCUCCAACGCCCCUGCUGCUGCUGCGGGCGCCCCUGCUCCUGGUCCUGCUGCUGCCGCUGGUGCUGGUGGUUUGGGGGGAGCCGAGGCCGGGGCCAUGGCACUGACGCUCUUUGACCAGACAGCUGCGCCCGCUGCUGUGGUGCAGCCAUUGGGCAGUGUGGCGGAGUGGUUCAGGGCGCUGAUGGGCAAGGACAGCGGCGUGCUGUAUGAGGACGCGCACCUGCAGAUCGGGGUGAAGAGCGAGUGGAAGCCACCGCACGGCCGCCUGGUGCUGUUCAUGGGCAACAAGGAGACGGCGCCGCUCACCGCUCUCACCGCCUCCACACCGCCCACGCCCGGCCUGCGAGUCAUCCUCUCGCCGCUGCCUCAAGUCAUCCCCCCCCGCGCCCAGAUCCAGCUACCAGUGGAGGCGGCAGCAGUGCUGGUACCCAGGGAGGCGCCGCGCCUUGACCUGGCGUACACGCUGCCGUCGGGCACGCGCGUGCCGCUGCGCCUGCACCUGCCCGUGGGGCUCUGCAAGGCGCUGCUGCCGGCGUCGCUGUCGUCUGCUGACUUCUUUGCUCGCUGGAAGACCCUCUCUGCUCCGCCGCACAAACAGCAAGUCGUGCUGAGGGGAGUGAAGCCGCUGCCACUGCCUGCACUGGCACAGCUGCUGGCGUCCAUGCGCAUCAACCCACUGCCCAACCUGGACCCAAACCCCAACAACAUAGUGGCGUGCUGCACGCUGCACACAGAGACCACCCCGCCCACCCUCCUCCUCGUACGCUGCUAUCCCCGUGCCGUGCUCUCCUCCCAACGCCCUCCUGCUUCUCACUGCGCCUCCCCUCCUGCAUUCCUGCUUUUCGGCUUGCCCUGCUUGUCAUUGGUGUUCCUCAGCUUGCCUCUCCACUCCACUCCCUCUCUUUCCCACUCAAAGCCCAUUCUCACUAAAACCUCCCAAUCCCCUCCGUCCCCCAUCACCCCGCACCACCCCCCACCACCCCCCAUCGCUCCCCAUCACCACCUACCACCCUCCAUCACCGCUCACCACCCCAGGCGCGUCUGGAGACGGACCCAGCGGACCGCUCGCAGCUGCGCCUCACCUGUGCCUCCUCCGACCCCACCGCCUCCGCUGCGUGCUCUGUAUCGUGUUGCUCAUCCCCCCACCUGCUGUUUCUCCGCCCCAUUGUUCUCACUGCCUGCAUCCACAUGCGUGCCUCCUUUGUCACCCCUCCACGCUCACCUGCGUCCCUGCCCUGUGCUGCCCUGCCCCUUCCUUCCCCUUCCCUCCCCUGCCCUCCCCUUCCCUCCCCUGCCCUCCCCUGCCCUCCCCUUCCCUCCCCUGCCCUCCCCUUCCCUCCCCUGCCCUCCCCUGCCCUCCCCUUCCCUCCCCUUCCCUCCCCUGCCCUGUCCUGCGUGCCCACGGCCUCCCCUCCCCGGUGCCACCAGGCUGAAGGACUUCAUCAGCGACAACAUCAGUGAGCUGCCGCCCGCCUGGCUGCAGCCACCCCCAGUGGCCGCCCAGCAGCAGCAGGGAGGAGCUGCCAUGCUCGCCCUGCCCUGGUCUGGUGCCCCUGCUGCUGCUGCUGCUGUUUCUUCCCCUCCCGGCCCCAUUGCCCUCGCCCCCUCGCCCGCUGCCCCCCCUCCCGCCCCUCACAUGGUGCUCCCAGGGGGUGUUCCCCCCCCUGCUGCUGCCAUGGCGCCCAUGCCGUAUGGGGGCAUGCCCAUGCAGGGGCCUGGGAUGGGCAUGGCUGGACCCAUGGGGAUGGGAGGGCCAGGCAUGCCUCCUCCCAUGCAGAUGGGCGGCGGCAUGGGUAUGCCGGGUGGGAUAGGGCCGGGCGGCAUGGGGCCGGGUGGCAUGGGCAUGGGGGGGCAGAUGCCCUUGCACAUGGGGGGGAUGCCUGGGGCCCCGCAGGGAGGAAUGCCCAUGGGAGGAGCCAUGCCUGGUGCCAUGGGCAUGCCAGGUGCCAUGCCGGGUUACAGGCCUGGAGGGCCUGGUUCCGGGUCCCUGCUCUGA